AUGGCCUGGCUGAUCGCAUACCCGGCAGUGGCCAUGUUGGCCAUGUUCAUCGUGCUCGUCAUCAUGAUGAUCCUACGAUUCGGCGCACAGCUCUGCCAGCUGCGCCACCACGCGCUGCCGGAUGAUCAAGAUUUGCGUGAUCAUGCGUACGAUCAGAAGGUUAGCUACGCCUGA